UUUCUAUAGAGACACUUCCUGUGGCAGAGAAAAGAGGUAGUGAGCUGGUGUUUCAGGAUGUGAGGGCCCGCGGGAGCCGAGCGGGCUCUCUCCACCGCCUGCCCACCACUGUGCAAGCUCUGGCCAGCACUGCCCACAGUCCCCAUGGUGGGCAGCCCCCGUGGCGGGGACCCGUGAUCUGAGGCGGCAUGCCAGGGAAGCCCAAGCACCUGGGCGUCCCCAACGGGCGCAUGGUCCUGGCUGUCUCAGAUGGAGAGCUGAGCAGCGUGGCAGGUCCCCAGGGCCAGGGCGAGGGCCGCGGCAGCUCCCUCAGCAUCCACAGCCUCCCCAGUGGCCCCAGCAGCCCCUUCCCCACCGAAGAGCAGACCGUGGCCAGCUGGGCCCUGUCCUUCGAGCGGCUGCUGCAGGACCCACUGGGCCUGGCUUACUUCACUGAGUUCCUGAAGAAGGAGUUCAGCGCGGAGAACGUGACCUUCUGGAAGGCCUGCGAGCGCUUCCAGCAGAUCCCAGCCAGCGACACCCAGCAGCUAGCUCAGGAGGCCCGGAACAUCUACCAGGAGUUCCUGUCCAGCCAGGCGCUGAGCCCAGUGAACAUCGACCGGCAGGCCUGGCUCGGCGAGGAGGUGUUGGCCGAGCCCCGGCCGGACAUGUUUCGGGCACAGCAGCUUCAGAUCUUCAACUUGAUGAAGUUUGACAGCUACGCGCGCUUCGUCAAGUCCCCGCUCUACCGCGAGUGCCUGCUAGCAGAGGCCGAGGGGCGCCCCCUGCGGGGGCCCGGCUCCUCACGCCUCGGCAGCCCUGACUCCACGAGGAAGAAGCCGAAGCUGAAGGCCGGGAAGUCUCUGCCUCUGGGCGUGGAGGACUUGGGGCAGCUGCCAUCUGCCGAGGGUCCUGGGGGCCGCCCGCUCCGCAAGUCCUUUCGCAGGGAGCUGGCCAGCGGGGCUGCAAACUCCGCCUUGCGCAGAGAGUCUCAGGGCUCCCUCAAUUCCUCCGCCAGUCUGGACCUUGGUUUCCUUGCCUUCGUCAGCAGCAAAUCCGAGAGCCACCGGAAAAGCCUUGGGAGCACAGAAGGCGACAGUGAAACCCGGCCAGGGAAGUACUGCUGUGUGUACUUGCCCGAUGGCACAGCUUCCUUGGCCCUGGCCCGACCCGGCCUCACCAUCCGCGACAUGCUGGCAGGGAUCUGUGAGAAACGAGGACUCUCGAUACCCGACAUCAAGGUCUACCUGGUGGGCAAUGAGCAGAAGGCCCUGGUCCUGGAUCAGGACUGCACGGUGCUGGCGGAUCAGGAAGUGCGGCUGGAGAACAGGAUCACCUUCGAGCUGGAACUGGCGGCGCUGGAGCGCGUGGUGCGUAUCUCGGCCAAGCCCACCAAGCGGCUGCAGGAGGCGCUGCAGCCCAUCCUGGAGAAGCACGGCCUGACCCCGCAACAGGUGGCGCUGCACCGGCCAGGCGAAAAGCAGCCACUGGAUCUGGAGAAGCUAGUGAGCUCGGUGGCGGCCCAGAGACUAGUUUUGAACACUCUUCCAGGUGCGAAGAUUUCCGAAGGCGGUAACAUAUCCCCCUGCCGCAGCCAGGGCUGCCUGCCUAGAACCCAAGACAAGGCCAUCCAUCCCCCUCCACUGCCCCCCAGUUCGCUGGUGAAGGUGUCCAGUAGUGCCACUGGGAAGCGGCAGACCUGUGACAUCGAAGGCCUGGUGGAGCUGCUGAACCGGGUGCAGAGCAGCGGGGCCCAUGACCAAAGGGGCCUUCUGCGAAAAGAGGACCUGGUGCUUCCAGAAUUUCUGCAGCUGCCUGCCCAAGGGCCCAGCUCUCAGGAGGCCCCAUCACAGACUGAAUCAGCUGCCCAGCCCACUGGGGGAGCCUCGAAUUCCACUGCCCACCUGGCCCUCUGACAGCUGCCCUACAGUCCAGGCUGGCUGCAUGGUGCCUGGCGGGCCAAGCAUGCCCUGGGUCCGCUCUGCAUGCCCUGUCUGUGCCAUGAGUGUCCUUGGCCCCUUCCUGCCAUGGGCAGGCCCGCAGGAAGAGCCAGGAGAGGUGAAAAGGGGACUCAGGAGCCACACCCCACAGCUGCCACCAUCUGUUCCCUCAUAGGCUCACCCAUCCGUGCAGCCAGGCCCCCGGGGGGAUGGGGGCCUACCCCUUGGUGCAGGCUUGCCCACACAGAGGGGUGGCGUUGGCAGUGCCAGCCUCCCCAGCCUGUGCCAAGCUUCAGGAGGAGGCAGGAGGAGGGGCCGGCCCCUCCUCGGGAGCUGGUUUGAGCAAGGCCUAGGGGUGCAGACAGGCAGCCCUGUCCUCCACCCACGUAGACUCUACUGUACAUAGGGAUUUUGCAGUUGGCUUGGGGCAGCUGGGUUUGUCCUGGAUGUAUGAUACUGUUAUUAUAAUAAUUGUUAUUAUUCUG